AUGGUCUCUACAUCUCCGGUUUCUCCUUCUAAGGAAAUCGAUCAGAAGUCCGACGAGAAAUGGACGGCUGGAGAUCCAUCACGGCCAGCGAAGUGGUGGUACUCCACCUUCCACACCGUCACUGCCAUGAUCGGCGCUGGAGUUCUCAGCCUCCCUUAUGCCAUGGCUUACCUUGGCUGGGGACCAGGGACAUUGAUGCUGGCCCUUACAUGGGGACUGACACUAAACACAAUGUGGCAAAUGGUGCAGCUCCAUGAGUGCGUACCGGGAACCCGGUUUGACCGGUAUAUCGAUCUAGGCCGGUACGCUUUCGGCCCGAAACUCGGCCCAUGGAUCGUCCUCCCGCAGCAGUUGAUCGUGCAGGUCGGCUGCAACAUCGUUUACAUGGUGACAGGUGGCAAGUGCUUGAAGCAGUUCGUGGAAAUCACGUGCUCAACAUGCACUCCCGUACGACAGUCGUACUGGAUCCUCGCCUUCGGUGGGGUCCACUUCCUCCUCUCUCAGCUCCCUAACUUCAACUCCGUCGCCGGCGUCUCCUUGGCCGCCGCCAUCAUGUCUCUCAGCUACUCGACGAUAGCGUGGGCAGGAAGUCUCUCACAUGGAAGGUUGGAUGACGUGAGUUACGAUUACAAGGCCAAGAAUCCAAGUGACUUCAUGUUCCGAGUCUUCAAUGCCUUAGGUCAGAUCUCAUUUGCUUUCGCGGGUCACGCCGUGGCUCUAGAGAUCCAAGCCACGAUGCCUUCGACUCCAGAGAGACCAUCAAAGGUGCCCAUGUGGCAAGGCGUGAUCGGCGCUUACUUGGUCAACGCCAUUUGCUAUUUCCCAGUGGCUCUAAUAUGCUAUUGGGCCUUUGGUCAAGACGUGGAAGACAAUGUGCUGAUGAAUCUACAAAGACCGGCUUGGCUUAUUGCUUCUGCUAAUCUCAUGGUUGUUGUCCACGUCAUCGGUAGCUACCAAGUGUUUGCUAUGCCUGUCUUUGAUCUUUUGGAGAGGAUGAUGGUUACUAGAUUCGGUUUUAAGAAUGGAGCCGCUCUCAGGUUUUUCACUCGAACUACUUAUGUUGCAUUUACAUUGUUUAUUGGAGUGUCUUUCCCAUUCUUUGGAGACCUUCUAGGGUUCUUUGGAGGAUUUGGCUUUGCACCCACUUCCUUCUUUCUCCCAAGUAUAAUGUGGCUUAUUAUCAAGAAACCAAAGAGAUUCAGCGUCACGUGGUUGGUCAAUUGGAUCUCCAUUAUCGUAGGUGUAUUUAUAAUGCUGGCGUCAACAAUCGGUGGACUAAGGAACAUCAUUGCGGAUUCUUCUACUUAUAGCUUCUACGCUUAA